AUGGUCAGUCUGGCCUUCGCCAUAGUGGUGGGCAACGUGGUCACGCUCACCGUCUUCAUGCAGACAAGACAGGUCCGUACACCACAGGGAUACCUCAAAGUCUCUCUGGCCAUAGCGGACAUGAUGGUUGGAGUGCUGGUGGUUCCUUUCUCUGUCUACACUGAGAUCUCUCUGAUGGUGACCAGCUCCUCUCCUGUCUGGUACCAGGGGGGCACUGACCCCUCCAUGGGGGGCCUGGUGGGACCCUGGCAGCCCUGCAUGCUGAUUGGUCCAGUCUUCGCUGGCUGUACGUUUGUCUCCAUCAGUACUAUUUUCCUGAUGACGGUAGAGCGCUGUGUGGCCAUCUUAUGGCCCCUACAUAAGGACCACCUGGUGACACGGAGACGCACCCUGUUUCUCAUCCUCUUCUCCUGGGCAGGCAGUUACCUUCUGGCCCUAGCCCCCCUCAUCCUCAGCAACAACUUCACACUGGAGUACAGUGAGUGCAGCCGGAUGUGUAACUAUGUCCCCCUGUGGGAUGGAGUCACUCUGCCCUCUGACGCCAACAUCCUCCUACUGUUCCCCGUGUUUGACUUUACGCUGCUGGGCGGCACCCUGGUAUUCAACAUCCUGUCCUUCACCAGCAUCCGCCGCUACACACGCAAACGUAAGCUCAUGUCAGAGGGGAAUGUGGGGGUCGAGGGAGGGGGAGGCGGCUGCCAACAUAGACCCUCCUUCUCUGACAUCAAGGCCGCCAAGACGAUCAGCAUUCUGACGUUUGCCUUCACGGCUUCCUUCACCCCCAUCGCUGUGUGUGUGGGCAACGUGGUGGGCUUCACCUGGUGCAACUUCUCCUUUGUAGCCUUCUGGAUCCUGACUGGGAACAGCUGCUGUAAUGUGAUAAUAUACAGCGUGAGAGACCAGCGCUUCAGGAAAGGAGUGACUCUGCUUUUUCAGAGGGAGCAUUCACCUACCCACGGGGAGAAAGGCGGAGCUACCCCCCCCACUCACCUUGUGACUACAACCCCACCUCCUUAA